CUGAUGUUGACACAAAAGGUGGGGUCUCUCAGACUAUAAAAAACUUGUGGACACGUUAUUUCAAUCUUACAUUGAUGGUCAUUCAUUUAACAUAUUUGUAUGUAUCCAUUUUCAACUCUCAUAGACUGUGGUGGAGAAUCCAACAAUGCAGACCAUGGAUAUUGAUGAUGACACGUCUCCCAACAAGCCCAGUGUUACAUUUUCAGUACAUUUUCAGUGGUGGAAGAGACCAUCCGGAGUUGCUGCAGUGUGUCUGGGGCUGCUGUGUGUUCUCCUAUUGGCUGGGAUCAUAGGCCUGUCUGUCUACUAUGGAGUCAUUGAUCAUCACUGCUCAACAGAGAGAGACCAACAUGCCAGUUACAGCCUUCUGACUAAAGGAGAUCAGCAACCAACCAGUUAUAAUAACUUGACAAAAGAGGGAGACCAGAUACAGACCAAUUACAACACCCUGACUGAAGAGAGAGACCAGCUACAGAAUAGUCUAAAUACCAGGACCACUGAGAGAGACCAGUUACAGAACAGUCUAAAUACCACGGCCUCUGAGAGAGACCAGCUACAGAAUAGUCUAAAUACCACGACCACUGAGAGAGACCAGUUUAAAACGAGGCUUAGGUUCUAUGAGAAACCCUGUGUGGAUGGAUGGUGGAAGUUUGGCACCAGCUGUUACUAUGUCUCCUCCACAAUGGACACAGGUGGGGGUGGUCAGAAGGACUGCAGAACAAUGGGUGCUGAUUUGGUUAUUAUAAACAGCAGAGAAGAACAGAUAUUUAUCAAUGGAUUUAAGAAGAAUGUCUGGAUUGGUGCAUAUAAAAAAGAUGCAAUCUGGAAGUGGGUUGGCGACACACCAUUUAAACCUACGUGGAGAGGAAGUGGAGAAUCCAACAAUGCAGACCGGAUAUUGAUGAUGACACGUGCACCAACAAGCCCAGGAAAAGGAAGAUGGCGUUUGUGUUAAAUAUUAAUGUAUCAAUCAAUGUACACAAAUGGAAACACACACACACACACACUUUAACAGGUGAGAGUACUGCAGUAAAUAUAUGUUUCGUAAUGAUCAAUAGAGCAACUAAACCCUUACAACCAGAGAUAAGCCACAAAUAUCUGAUGUUAUAAUACUCUGUGAUUCAGGAAAUUUUCUGUGCUGGAAGAUGCUGUUAGAAAUUUAUGUUAUUCUUCAAUGACAUAAACUUCAAAGCAAAUCAGGAGGAGAAAAAUAGGUUUAUUCAGAGAGGACAAAUCAAGAUGUUAUGCUGGGAGGUAGAUGUUUAGUCUCCCCUGUCCUCAGCUUUUCCCCAAAGAACAAAGGAACAGGAUGCCAUUUAUAACCCCCCACCCUAGCCUGGGAUUGGCCAAUCAGAAGUCCUUGCAGUACAACUUGGCUAAUGGCUAAAUAACCAGUAUCCUGCUCCCGACUUGAUGUACAGACCAAUGAAAACGUGUCACAUGUAGCACACGUCGAGUGACAUUCCACAGAUUCUGAACAGAUGUUGUACUGCAACCGAACUCCUAUUUACAAUUCGCUAUUGACCAUUAGAACUCUAGUUUUUAGUCCUCUCAUCCUCUCAAACUCUCAAACUCUGCGUUGUGUAUUUAUCUUCGACAUAUUCUUAUAAUACCCUCUAGAGUUUCUAUACUGGGAUCAUAGGCAUGUUUGUCUACUGUAAGUUUACUAUACAUUAAUAGUGAGUUACUGUUUGUUUUGACUGAAAUAUUUAUCAGAUUCAAUGAUGUGAUAGUUAGUGUUUGAGGAACUUUUCUCUUUUACAGAAUGUUGGGUUAAAAGGUUAAUAAGGUUAGGGUUAGCUAAAAGGGUUACGGUUAGGGUCAGGGGAAGGGUUAACUAAAAGGGUUAAUGUUAGGGUCAGGAAGGGUUAGCUAAAACGUUAAGGUUAGCGUCAGGGGAAAGGUUAACUAAAAGGGUUAAUGUUAUGGUCGGGAAGGGUUAGCUAAAAUGUUUAAGGUUAGCGUCAGGGGAAAGGUUAACUAAAAGGGUUAUUGUUAUGGUCGGGAAGGGUUAGCUAAAACGUUUCAGGUUAAGGUCAGGGGAAGGGUUAGCUAACAUGCUAAGUAGUUGCAAAGUAGAUAAAAUGUAGUGUAAUAAAGAUAAUCUAACGUUUUACCUAAUGAUAUAUAAGGAGGGCAUUUGCACAACAUGCUUCACAACAGCACACAACAAAACUCCAGAGACAUAUUGAGCAACCAACUGAUACCAAUCACGAGCACACCCAGAGACAGAUGGCUGACUUAAGCACUCACACAACAUGUCAAAAAAGGAAGCGCCCUAGCCACACGAACUGACCACUGGUGUAAAAAACAACAUCCCAUGACUAUCGCAACCACCCAGACACGACUUAGCAGAAAACACACACACACACACACACACACACACACACACACACACACACUUAUGGGUGCUGGACUCCGAGGACAAAGGACAUUGCCAAGGGCCAAUGGGAAGUCGACACCACCCGGAGAGUGGACCGUCCCUCCACUCAUCGACCAGUCAGGAGAGCGGACCUACUAGACUCAACGUCAACACACU